UGAGGAUAAAGCCACCUGGCCCUGGCCCUGCAGCACUGGGAGAGGAGCCCCAGCCCGGGAUUCCCAGCUGCUCCCAUUCUCUGAGCAGGACUGAGCACAGACAAUACACCAUGGAACUGGGGCUGAGCUGGGUGGUCCUGGCUGCUCUUCUACAAGGUGUCCAGGCUCAGGUGCAGCUGGUGGAGUCUGGGGGAGGCUCGGUGCAGGCUGGAGGGUCUCUGAGACUCUCCUGUGCAGCCUCUGGAUACACCUACAGUAGCAACUGCAUGGGCUGGUUCCGCCAGGCUCCAGGGAAGGAGCGCGAGGGGGUCGCAGCUAUUUAUACUGGUGGUGGUAGCACAUACUAUGCCGACUCCGUGAAGGGCCGAUUCACCAUCUCCCAAGACAACGCCAAGAACACGGUGUAUCUGCAAAUGAACAGCCUGAAACCUGAGGACACUGCCAUGUACUACUGUGCAGCAGACACAGUGAGGGAAAGUCAUUGUGAACCCAGACAAAAACCUCGCUCCCUGGGGCAACCACAGUACCCAGGGAGUGCUCACGACACACCAAGGGCAGGGCUGAGCCCCAGAGCAGGUGCAGAGUUGAUAAAGCCACCGGGCCCUGGCCCUGCAGCACUGGGAGAGGAGCCCCAGCCCCGGAUUCCCAGCUGCUCCCACUUUCUGAUCAGGACUGUGCACAGACGACUCACCAUGGAGCUGUGGCUGAGCUGGCUGUUCCUGGUUGCUCUUUUACAAGGUGUCCAGGCUCAGGUGCAGCUGGUGGAGUCUGGGGGAGGCUCGGUGCAGGCUGGAGGGUCUCUGAGACUCUCCUGUGCAGCCUCUGGAUACACCUACUGUAGCUACGACAUGAGCUGGUACCGCCAGGCUCCAGGGAAGGAGCGCGAGUUCGUCUCAGCUAUUGAUAGUGAUGGUAGCACAAGCUACGCAGACUCCGUGAAGGGCCGAUUCACCAUCUCCCAAGACAACGCCAAGAACACGGUGUAUCUGCAAAUGAACAGCCUGAAACCUGAGGACACGGCGAUGUAUUACUGUAAAACAGACACAGUGAGGGGAAGUCAUUGUGAGCCCAGACAAAAACCUUGA